GUACUAUUUCUGUUUAUACUGGAUACCGCAUAACUCGUUUAACUUUUGCAUGUGUGCUAGGACCCUGUCAUCUAAUCCUGCUAGGUAGGUACCUGGGAUCCUUGGGCUUCAGCCUUUCCAUCGGGAUUUACAAGAAAAGACAAAAUUGUCCUGAACUGUUUGAGGGCAAAGUUCAAUGCUAUCUGUAAUGUAAAACAUUCUGUAAAAGUUAUGGAAUUUCAUAAAAAAUACUGAUUGUAAAUUUGUCAAAAUGUUGAUAAUUCUUUCAUCUGAGGCUCAUUAUAUGGUAUUAUUUCUGCUUUGUAGUCAGUUUAAAAUUUUUCACUCACAUUGGCAAAACAAACAAAACAGAGCAAGCAAACAAAACCAGCAGCCUCAUAGGAGGCCAAGAAACAAAUCCCUGCAGAAUUUAGAGGCUUAGCACAAGAAGCAGCCUUAGGGGCUGGGGCAGGCCCUCUAGUGGAAGAUGAUGCCACAUCCAUCUCCCAGGCCCGUGGUCUGGACAGGGCUCUGCUUCUCAGCUCUGGCUCUAGCUCUGGCACUGGCACCGGCACUGGCAGGCCUCCGUAUUUUGAUAUCAAAGUUUUCUCUGGGUUGCCUUGUGUUGUGGGAGAAAGGUCAGCCAUCACUCCUUCCAUAUUCCAGUAGCAAGACCUUAGAUGCAGCUCCUGGGAGGGUCAGACAACGACAGAAAUGCAGGCAGACAUCAACGCUGUGCCAGAGCUGUAAGACCAGGAUGUAUGGUACACAAUGACAGGCAGGGAAAGUAAGACAUGGGAGGGAGGAAUGGAGACUUGGGCAGAGGCGAAAUGUUCUACAUGGAGCCUCAAUAGGACGCUUUCAAAGGAGCUAUGGGUAGUACCCUGGCUGGGGACAGACAACCCACACAUAGGCUCUGGUCGGGAGCAAAACUAGAGGAAAGUGGGAACUGAGUGUGUUUGGCUGAUGGCACCCUUCAAUGUUAGCACAAUUCGAAGUUACUAACCACUCUCACCGUGGGUCUUAUAGGUUCCUGAUAGUCUUGCACAGCCUUGGGAAGACUUCUGUUCCUAGCAGGCCUCCUCCUGAGCAUACCCUUCUCUGGGCUCCACUCUCUGCAGGUGGCACCAGCCCCUAUUCUGCAGGCCCUGUGUGGAUUCUGAUCAACACUUUGCUGCAAGCUGAGUGCUGUCCUAUUGGAUUAUUCAUCCCUCCCAUUAGAUCUCAGGUUCCAGAGACCUUGUGAUGGUGAAGGUGUCCUCAGGGCCGACAGGUAGCACACAGAGGAUGGUGGUGACUCGAGCAAUGGGAGGGUAUUGCCAGGGAGAAAAUUAUGUGGGGAGGUCUCCAAACGUUUGUCAAAUGUACUGUACUUACUCUUGUAUUUUGUUACAACUCAGCUUUGGAAAGAGAUGUGUUUAUAUCUAAAGUGACAUGAAGGGACAAGUGACCAACAGUUUGGAGGCCCUCCAGGACAAGCCCAUGGGAGAUAGAUAGGAAAAGAGGACCGGCAUUGAAGAGCAGCAGAUGUGUGCGGUUGCUAAGAGGGACCUAGAAAAGCGGAGGAGCACAGGGAGUGAGGCCAUAGUAGAUCUCUGCUAGGGUGCAAGGGCCACAUGGCAAAGCCCAGAAUAGCACUGAGGAGCCUACAUCUGACGGCGCUAAGGCGCUAAGCCCCGCCUUCCGAGUGCCUCCAGCCACGCCCCACGCGCUGAGCCGCGCCCUCUAGGUACCCCAGUCUGGAUUCCGGAAACAACGUCAACCUUGAGUACCGCCGGUCCCUGCAGUCUUGUCCUUCCGUCCCUCUAGACACCAGAAGUUCCGCCUCUGAACGGACGUCUUAGCUUGCGAGUCACCGAGUUCAUACUUCUGCGCAGGCGCCCUGAGCCUGUCUCUGGCUUGGCUCUUGCGGCGAGACCGCCCUGCUGUCAUGGCUCCUCCGCCCUUGUCGCUGCCGCUUUGCAUUCUGCCGCCGGGCUCCGGCUCUCCCCGCUUGGUGUGCUACUGCGAGCCGGAGAAUGGUGGAGACUGGGACCGCGACGAUUUCAACCUCUAGUGAGUGGAGUGUAGGGAUGUGGGGUGCGGGAGCGCAGCGGGCGCAGUGUCUGACAGCCCCUCCCACCCAGUGUGACGGACGCCGCGGAGCUCUGGAGCACCUGCUUCUCGCCUGACAGCCUGGCGACGCUCGUGCGUAACUGCACUGGGGAUAGAAGACAUCUGGAAGCUUGCCACCUCCCACCCCUCCCCGUGGCAGUGGUUCUAAUAGCAUUUCCAAGAAAGCCCGAUUUGGCCUAAGUGGGACUGAGGAUAUCCAUUCCCGGUUCAGGGCAGCCUGCCAACAGCAGGCAGUGACUGUAAGACUGCAAGAGGACAGAGCAUUGAUGACCCUUUCAGGGGAUACCUCUGCCCUGGCCUUUGACCUCUCCAAGGUGCCCAGCCCAGAGGCAGCCCCCAGGCUGCAGGCUUUGACUCUCAGCCUGGCAGAGCAUGUAUGCAACCUGGAGAGGCGGCUGGCAGCCACAGAAGAGACCGCCAUUAGCCCCAGGAAGAGCACCCAGCCAGCAGGCACUCAGUUCUUACCAGAACUUGAUCACCAGAGAGGCAGCUCUGGGUCUGGGGUCAGGAGACGGUGUCCAGGGGAGUCUCUCGUCAACCCUGGUUUCAAAAGUAAGAAACCAGCUGGUGGUGUAGACUUCGAUGAGACCUGAAGCUAGCAAAGCCUGUGUGACCUUGCCAGGAGUCUGUCUGCAAGGAAAGGGGACAUCUAGGACCCCUAACCAGAGACACCCUUUGCUUCACUUCCCCUGUGGUCCUGCUGAUGGGCAAAAGUACCUCUCAUCCCUUCCCCAUCAAAUAAACUGCUCCCUUGGGGAGAGAUGCUAGGCCA